AUGGCGCAGUAUAGCCAAGUCCACCAGGGCGUUUACGAGAUGGGACUACAUGAGCCUUCGACGUAUCAUUCAACCUGGAACCCCAACGAUCCGUCUAGCUACGGCUACUCCCCCACCGGAAAACCUGCGCCGUAUCCUACAAACAUCGAGUUCGAAGACAGCCAACGCCUCAUACACCAAAAUGCCCCGACAGGCUUCCAACGACCAGCAAAACGUCAACCAUUGAAAAAAAGACUUGGGAAAACCGGAUUGACAAUCAUAAUCCUCGGGACGAUCGUCAUUAUCGUCUCAUGCAUUCUACUCGUCUAUCUCUGGCAAGGGGCCGAAAAAGCACGCAACAGACAACCCCGAGGCAAAGAAUGGGACAGAAUCAUCUUUGAAAACUAUGCUGCACAAGUUGCAACGCUUUGCUCCGCUGCGAUACGAGUAUCGAUGGAUUUGCAGACUUGUCUCGCUGCUGCUGCGAUGGCAGCCAUUGUCCUUGAGACCGCCGGUUGUCGAAUCUCUGAUCUGGCGAGGUUAUCAAUUUCCAGAGCCUCCAGUUGUGAUGCAAGUCCGUGGGAUAUCUUCCUGAUAACAAAAUGCAACAGGAAGACCUUGUUCCACUGUAUCAUAUUGCUCUUUAGUUUCCUCCUCAGCCUUGCUAUGACUUUUACGUCGACGAUCUUGCUUUUCGACUUUAAGGCGCUUCCGAUCGCUGCACCGAUGGUCUCGGAGUCAAUUUACGUUGGGUUUGAUAUAUCAAAGGAUACAGCUAUGUUUUCUGGUGUAUCGUACUGGCAGUCCAAACCAUCAGCACACUGGCGAUUUGCAGAGACGCGGCCUUCGAGUCAGAGACUUGCGCCUACGGAUGUAGCAGACACAGGAGAUGUUUAUCGAGCGAUGAUACCGAUGGCAAAUGUUGAUAAUCGCACUUCUUUGGAGUAUUACUCUGGACCUACGAUUGUCACAAACAUGAGGACAGCAUGUGUAGCACCGACGUUUGACAAUGCUACACUCGAGUAUAUAUACACUGGAAGCAACGCCACAGAAGGCCUUUAUCUUCAAGCGGAGUUCAACGCUUCGACCGGUUGGGAAUCAGGACCUAGCAUUAACGGUUCAUAUCCAGCGACACUCUCGUGUCGUAUCAACAACGAAUGGUACCAAACAAAUUCAACAUCCUGGCCAAUAUCGUUCUGCAGUUUCAACAUGAAAGAACUAGCACCCAAGAACGAAAGUUUCACGAACCCGCUUUCUCGUCAUCCGUAUAACUUUCAUCCGGUACUAUUCCUCAACGCAAGCGAUAGUCUGGCCCGGCUGAGACCGAUGUAUGACAUGACUACGAACACGUGGUCCAACGUGACGGUUCUGGAAGAUAUGCAAAUGGUCAACUCAAAGAGCAAAGGUCCAUGGACGACAGCGACGACCAAAAACGACACAAAACUCUUCCAAGCGAGUGUGUGCUUCCUCACUCAGAACAUACCACUCUUAUACAACGUCACGAUGACAGGUAGAGCAAUACCAUACGAACCAACGUCUCUAGCAAAGUGGAGAACACUGCAGGGCAAGAAUGGAACACAAUUUCUCAAACAGCUCGGCGUAGGGGUAUCACCUUCUAAUACUGAAGCAAGAGGUAUUCUAGAUCUGAAGGUACUCUCAGGGCCAGCUUCUAUGGCAGAUGAAGCUGUUGCUGGCUGGGAUGAAUGGGUCUACCAUAUGAUUCAUUCCAGUCUUUUCGAAUACAGUAUUUCCGGCGGAUGGACCUUCAACAACGAUGCUUUAGAAGGAUGGUUUGACACAGUAGCGAAUUGGCCCGCACACCCAGAACAUUCACAUCUCUUUCAGAGUGUUCUCCAAGAAACGGAUGAUCCAGCACGAGCAGUCCAAGAGUUAUUCUUUCGGUUCUACCAGAUGAUCUUCCACGAUAUCCUACCCUACUUCACUCAACAGCAAUCUGUCUCUACGAUAAACGUGAAACAGGUUAUUAUUCCAAACCAAUGGACGGGCUUGAUAAUUAUUUUAUCGGGUGUUAUCCUGCACUUGGUUCUUACGUUGAUAACUCUUAUCAUGUUUAUGGCUUCGACGAAGAGCUCUAUUCUGGGAAAUGCAUGGCAUGCUGUGUCACAGAUUAUCUCGCCGGAGACGAGUGUUGUGGUGGAGACUGUGGCGGGUAGUGGGAUGCGGGAUGUUGAUGUUGCGAAGUGGGCGGAGUCAACGGGUUCUGAUGGGCAUGUGUAUGGGUUGCCGAAUUGUGCUGAUAACAAGGUUCGUAGACGGUAG